CUGGUCACCUGACUAGUAAGAUGGCGUCCUCCGCGGGCCCCGAAUCCGAGCAGGGACGAGAUCCGCCGGGGGACCUCCGCAGCGUCCUGAUCACCAGCGUCCUGCACCUGGAGCCUCUGGACGUGGACCUCUUCCGGGGAAGACACUACUGGGUGCCAGUCACGCAGCGACUCUUUGGCGGGCAGAUAGUGGGCCAGGCACUGGUGGCAGCAGCAAAAGCCGUGACAGAGGACCUGGAAGUCCACUCGCUACAUUGCUACUUUGUGAGGGCAGGAGACCCCACCGUGCCCGUUCUGUAUCAGGUGGAGCGCCCCCACACCGGAAGGAGCUUCUCCGUGCGUUCAGUCAAGGCCAUCCAGCACGGGAAGCCCAUCUUCAUUUGCCAGGCUUCCUUCCAGCAGGCUCAGGCCAGCCCUGUGCAGCACCAGUUCCACAUGCCGGCUGUGCCUCUCCCAGAAGAACUGCUGACUCAGGAGCAGCUGAUCCAGAAGUACCUACGGGACCCAAACCUUCUAGAGAGAUACCGACAGGGGCUCCAAAAAAUGCUGGCCCAGGAAGUCCCCAUUGAGAUGAAGCCAGUGAAUCCACCCGACUUCUUUCACCAGAACCCGCAGGAACCCAAGCAGCUCUUCUGGGUGCGUGCCAAGGGCUACAUUGGCGAAUGCGACAUGAAGCUGCACUGCUGCGUCGCUGCCUACAUCUCUGACUACUCAUUCCUGGGGACAGCCCUGUUGCCCCACCGGCACCACACAGUGAGGUUCAUGGUCUCCCUCGAUCAUUCCAUGUGGUUCCAUGCACCCUUCAGGGCGGACCACUGGAUGCUCUACGAGUGCGAGAGCCCCUGGGCUGGUGGCUGCCGGGGCUUGGUGCACGGCCGCCUGUGGCGCAGAGAUGGCGUGUUGGCGGCCAGCUGUGCCCAGGAAGGGGUAAUCCGCGUGCAGGAGCAGCCUUUGGUGCUGAGGCUGCGGAGGGGGAGGGGAUCCGGGCCUUUCCUGGUCCUGGGUUGGCCUUGCGGUGCUCAGCCGGGCUGGGCAACAGUUGUGCCCGCUGUGCAGCUGUGCUGGCUCUGCUCAGCUGACCGCCGACUGCACAGGGAUGCUUUCAGGAUCUUGGCCUUCAGGGCUCACAUUCCUCCCCCCCUUCCUGCCAGGAAUGCUGAUGGUUUUCUGGAUGCUGAUGAGCUGGUCGAGAUCUUCCGGGUCUCUGGAGAGCACGUCACAGAAGAUGAGAUCCAGGAGCUCAUGAGGGACGGAGACAAAAACAACGAUGGGCGGAUUGAUUUUGAUGAGUUCCUGAAGAUGAUGGAGGGUGUGCAGUAAAGCGCGAGACAUUCCUGCAAGGCCAGCGGGGGGCAGCUCCCCACAGCCCAGCCGGCCCCCAGCCCAGCCGAGCUCACGAGCCCCCCCUCCUGCACCAGCUUGCUCUGCACAGCUCAGAGAUGCCUCUCCACUCCGCUCUGGAUCCCAUCGCCCCAACGCUGUGAAACCCUGUUUUUGACAUCGACACCUGAAUAAAGAGCAAUGGACUGGAA